AUGUCCGAUGAUCAAGGAACAGGACGUGACAACGAAGCCACUACCCAAAUCGACAAUGGUGACAAUCAUAUUCAAACGCCAGGUACGGGACUGAAUACUCAAAUAAACAGACCUAGAAAUCCUUAUGAAGAUCCAUCCGAUCCCUAUUUUUUGCAUCAUGGAGACAACCCUGGAAAUGUGUUGGUAUCCCAAUUGCUCACUGGACAGGACAAUUACAUUGCUUGGUGUCGAGCAAUGGAAUUGGCCAUUUUAGUCAAGAACAAAUUGGGGUUCUUGAAUGGUUCCAUACCCAAACCUCCUAUAACUGAUCAAACUCUAUACAAUGCUUGGAUUCGGAACAACAAUAUUGUAAUUUCUUGGAUAAUCAACUCGGUUUCUAAGGAGAUUUCCUCUAGUAUUCUCUACGACGAGUCAGCUGCUGCAAUAUGGAAUGAUCUAAGAGUUAGAUUUCAGCAGAGGAAUGGUGCUCAUAUCUACAAUCUCAAGAAGAUUUUGAUGAAUCUGAAGCAAGAAACCCAGUCCGUCAGUAUGUAUUUCACCAAGCUUAAAACAGUGUGGGAGCAAUUGUCCAACUUCAGACGUAAUUGCACUUGUAAUGGCUGUACAUGUGGAGGAGUCAAGAAAUUACAAGAACACCACAAUAUGGAGUACAUCAUGUCCUUUCUUAUGGGAUUAUCUGAUCUUUAUUCACAAGUGAGAGGUAAUAUUCUUGUUAUGGAUCCUUUACCUGGAAUUAAUAGGGUUUUCCAUUUAGUGUCACAGGAAGAGAAUCAAAGAGGGGGGCAAAUUGCUACUGCCGAUCCCAACUCCAACAUGGCUUGCCUUUCAAGGAGAAAGAAACCCUGGGAAAUCCGAAGCUUCCAAGAACUAAGGACAGAAACGUGGUAG